AUGUCUUUUUUUGUUUUUUUUUAUCCUAACACAACUAUUAUCUAUCUAUCUAUCUUCCUAUCUAUCUAUCUUCCUAUCUAUCUAUCUUCCUAUCUAUCUAUCUUCCUAUCUAUCUAUCUUCCUAUCUAUCUAUCUUCCUAUCUAUCUAUCUUCCCAUUCAUUCUCUAUCUUCUUCCCAUCAUCUAUCUAUCUUCCUAUCUAUCUAUCUUCCUAUCUAUCUAUCUUCCUAUCUAUCUAUCUUCCUAUCUAUCUAUCUUCCUAUCUAUCUUUUGGGAAGUGUGCAAUUCCAGUAUCAUUACAUUAUCUAUCCUGUCCUUUAUUAUUGAUAUCACUCAAUUUUCAAUCUGUUCAAUAUCUAUCUAUCUAUCUAUCUAUCUAUCUAUCUAUCUAUCACAACCUUUUCAUAUGCUUUUUCUCUCUACGAUCCAUGUCAAGCCAGUCUCUGGUUUGUUUGUUUUUUCUUUCCUCUCGACUCAUGUCUUCCUUCAACUCUGCUUAAAAGAAAAUAAAUCUAUCUAUCUAUCUAUCUAUCUAUCUAUCUAUCUAUCUAUCUAUCUAUCUAAGCAGUGGCUCAUGCAUCAAGACAAGCUUGCUCAAUUGUGA